AUGUCAUUCACAAACGUCAAGGCGCCAGAUUUGCGAGAGACUCUUGGUCCUGUCUUGCAGUCCCUGCCUCCUGCAGCAAUCGCUACAUCGCCAGCAGAAAAUGUCUUGGCUUACCUCUCACCAAUCCUGAAGCAGCGAGUCCAGCUCUUGUCUUCGUCCAGUUCAGAUCCAUGGAUCAAACUAUUAUGCUACGAUACGGCAAAGGCUGCCGGGCUUAUUGAGAUUGCCCAGAGUGAUCGGUUGGAGCCGCACCCUGUCAGUGGCGAGGUCGAGGUCGAUUGGGAUUAUGAUGCAGAGAUUCGCUAUCGAAGACUCGACGAGGAGACAUUACAGGCUCUCGUGGUUUUGGAGGAGAAGGGUCUCUCGUUUCGGCUCGUAUACUGCACUGGCGAAGUCGACGGGUGGAGAGUAGGCGAAAUUUCUACUCCGGAAACCCCAUCGCCGUUUUCAUCGUUCGGAGGUGUGUCGACUAUCGAAGAAGCCGAUCGUCAAUUUCGAGAUGGACACUCUAAAAAGAACGCUGCAUCAGCAUCAUCCAAGAAUAGCUUUCCAAAUGGUGGUGAUCUUGUCGAAGAUGAGGAUGACGACGAUGAUGACUACUGGGCUCGAUAUGACGCGACGCCGGCAAGAACCCCUGCCGAAAAGCGCUCGCCGGCUCCUCCUUCGACUUCUGCACGUGGUGCGGGUGCAGAUGAGGACGACUAUUAUGCGCAGUACGACUCUGUGCAACCGGCCAUGGAUCCCCACGAUCCUGACGAGGAGGCCGGCAUGGCAGAUUUGGCUCCGCCCCUGGGUUUGGCAGCGCCGAGACCAACGCGGCCAGCAGACCAUGUAGACUAUGGCGGUGGAUAUGAGGAGGCCGAGCUCAACGAGACCCAAGGUGCGUGGACAAUCGCCGAGCCACCGAGGUCGCCAUCAGUUGGCUCGAGAAGUGGCGACGACCCAAAUCUAGCUCACCCUCGACCGGCGUCAAGUGCCGACUCGCAUUCUUCGGUAGCGAAACUCGAGGAGGCGGCAGAGAACUUUGGUGUGAGGCAACACAUAUCCCGGAGCAUCAAGAACUUGUCCAUGCUUGCGCGAGCCUCGGGUAUAGACCAUGAUGACUUUGAAAGUCUCGUGAAAAGAGAGUUGGAGGUUCUACGAAUGAUGGAGGAUUGA